AGUCGUGCCACUGCACUCGCGCCGGCGCCAGAUCCACCACCUGGGGAGCCAGCUGCAGCUGAACCAGCACUGCCUGGACACGGCCUUCAACUUCUUCAAGAUGGCCGUGAGCAAGCACCUGACCCGCGGCCGCAAGAUGACCCACGUGAUCGCCGCCUGCCUCUACCUCGUGUGCCGCACGGAGGGCACGCCGCACAUGCUCCUGGACCUCAGCGACCUGCUCCAGGUGAACGUGUACGUGCUGGGGAAGACGUUCCUCCUGCUGGCGAGAGAGCUCUGCAUCAACGCGCCCGCGAUAGACCCCUGCCUGUACAUCCCGCGCUUCGCCCACCUGCUGGAGUUCGGCGAGAAGAACCACGAAGUGUCCAUGACGGCCAUGAGGCUCCUGCAGAGGAUGAAGCGGGACUGGAUGCACACCGGCCGGCGCCCCUCGGGCCUCUGCGGGGCAGCACUUCUGGUCGCAGCCAGGAUGCACGACUUCCGGAGAACCGUCAAAGAGGUCAUCAGCGUGGUCAAGGUGUGCGAGUCCACGCUGAGGAAGAGGCUCACGGAAUUCGAAGACACCCCCACCAGUCAGCUGACCGUGGAUGAGUUCAUGAGGAUCGACCUGGAGGAGGAGUGUGACCCCCCGUCGUACACGGCUGGCCAGCGGAAGCUGCGGGCGAAGCAGCUGGAACAAGUCCUGUCGAGAAAACUGGAGGAAGUGGAAGGGGAAAUCUCCAGCUACCAGGACGAAAUCGAGACUGAACUCGAAAACAGCCGGCCCAAGGCCAAGGGGGCGCUGGCCAGCCUGGCGAGAGACGGCCCCGUCGAGGACGCCACGGCCAGCUUGUUUGGCGAGGAGGACGCCGAGGACGAGGAGCUGGAGGCCGCUGCCAGCCACCUGAACAAGGACUUCUACCGGGAGCUGCUCGGCGGCGGCGUUCCCGGCAGCGCCGAGGGCCGCGGGCAGCCCCAGUGGGAGCGGCAAGCCCCCCCGCCCUGGAGUCCCUGCUCGGGCCCCCUGCCCACCGCGGCCAGCCUGGGCAUCUCGGACUCCAUCCGCGAGUGCAUCUCCUCGCAGAGCCAGGAGCCCAAAGACGCUUCCGGGGACGGCGAGCUGGACCUCAGCGGCAUCGAUGACCUGGAGAUCGACAGGUACAUCCUGAACGAGGCAGAAGCCCGCGUGAAGGCCGAGCUGUGGAUGCGGGAGAACGCCGAGUACCUGCGGGAGCAGAGGGAGAAGGAAGCCCGCAUCGCCAAGGAGAAGGAGCUGGGCAUCUACAAGGAGCAGAAGCCCAAGAAGCCGUGCAAGCGCAAGGAGCCGAUCCAGGCCAGCACGGCCGGCGAGGCCAUCGAGAAGAUGCUGGAGCAGAAGCGCAUCUCCAGCAAGAUCAACUACAGCGUGCUCCGCGACCUGGACAGCAAGGGCGGCGCGCAGCGGCCGGACGCGGGGCCUGAGGACAGGGCCGGGGCCAGGAAGCUGCCUCGGAGGAAGAAGCCGGCCGGCAGGAGCGGGGCCGACCCCGUGGCCAGCGUGGGGAAAAGGUGCUGGGCCGGGGGCUGGGCUGGGGCGGGAGCCGUGUGCCAGGGACCGUGUCGGUGCCCGCGUGGUGUCCACUGCCCUGGCCGGCUCAAACCCAGUGCGGGGCUGGGCCCAUGUGGGUGCAGCCGGUCCUCUGGUCCCUCCAGCUCCCCUCAGCUGUGCCUGGAGGGACGGAGGGACGGGCUAAGGGCUGUGCAUGGCUCUGCGCCGCCCCACCCCGCCUCCUGCCACCAGCCCCGGGGGUGGGGCUCCUGGGCCCGGAGGGAAGCCUGCCUCAG